GGUAUUUGAUUGUGUUGGAUGAUGUGUGGCACAUGAACGAUUUCUACUCGGACUUAGGACAUAGGCAACAACUACUUCAGGUUCAGGAAGGUGAUAAGAAAAUUGGGGAUCGCUUAUCGCACGGAUUGCCUAAGGGUACUGGUGGUGUGGUCAUCGUCACUAGUAGGAUACCGGAAGUGGUUGAAGCUAUGGUGGUACCGGCGGAGGGGUCAGAUCAACAUUAUAACAGCUUGAUUAUUCCUCUUGAGCGUUUGGACAGACAAAGCUGCUGGGAUAUAUUUAAGGACACUGUUUUUGGUUAUAUUCCUGAUUUUGAAUAUCAACAACAUUUGGAAAAGGUUGAGAGUGAAAUUAAGGAUCUAUGUUAUGGUCUACCAUUGGCCGCUACGACACUCGCAGAAAUCAUGUCCCAAAACCCCCAAAAUUUAAGGAGGACUUCUCCGCCCUACCGCAAAUUUGAGAACUUACCUGAUUCCUUCCGUAUAAAAAAAUCCCCAGUGUUGGUGUUUAUUGAUAUGCGCAAUAGACAACAAGGAGAAGAACUCAUUGGGAAAUUUUGCGACCUCCUUACUACAAAGCAGGUUUUUGGUGUACUACUGAAAGAUGAUAGUUAUUUGGGAGAAGCAAAGAAAUAUGAUAAUCCUGAGACGGUGCUAAAGGAUGUUUAUGGUACUCUAGAAAAGCUUAAGCAAAGUAAUUGUGGUUUUGCUUCUGAAAUUCAAAAGAAGAUGAGAAUUAUAGUUGUUGGCCAGGAUGCUGUUGUUAACUGGAUUUUGGGAGUUAUCUGUGAUCUUAAAUUGCCAGAGUCACCCUCCAUUGCUCCGGUACCACUAGAUGAGUACAAUGGAAUCGGUACUUCGUUUGGAUGGAAGGUCAUUUCGAAUAUAUCACCUCUGCGAUCGUUACUUGUUGACGUAGCACGGGCAAAAUCGUUGAGAACUGACAGCUGGCAUUGUCUCAUUAGGAUGAAACCAGGUUUUUCUUUAAGGAACCAAUUACCACAUUGUUUGCAUGAGGUGGGAACAGCGGACAAUCCAACAUUCUCCGGACGAUUUUGGUACUACUUCGUCUUGGAGGAGAGGACCUAACCUCAGUUGCAAUAGUAAAGGUGUUGAAUCAUCUUGGACAGUGG